AACGAAUGACGCUAACGGACCACUGGCAUGGAUCCAGGGUAAAAAUGUCGGCGAUCUGGCUGACAUUCGCUGAAGAACAAAUCUUCACAUAUAUACUCGUAGAAGGAUGUGACACACGUUAAUUGUGUGUGCUACAGGGUCCUAUUUGGAUUAUUAAAAAUGAAGCAAUCAAUGCAAAUGGAACGGUUUAAAAAUCGAUUGUGAAUCGACCUGAAAUAAUUGCAUGAAGUUUAUUGUGUUUAUAAAUAAACGGUGAUUUCUCAAAGAGUCUUGGAAUAAGUAAAUCAAAAUGUCGGAGGUCAAUGUUCGUCCGUUAUUGUCAUUGCUGGAGGCAAUGAUAGACCUAGCCACCCCCAAAGUAAACGUCAAGCCGGGGGGAUAUAGUGAGGAUAUAUUUAUAAACUUAACCCCUGAACAAAAGGAGGAAUUCGAAUGCUCAAUAUGUUAUCAAAUUUUAAAGGAACCGAGACGAUGCAGCAACAGUCACAAAUACUGUUACUCCUGUAUCUUUGUGUGGUCGACUUCGGGACCCCAUCUGAAUCACAGAAAAUGUCCAGUUUGUCGGACAGAAGGUUACUACAUCAGGGACCGAGACUUAGAGGAAAAAGUUGGAAAUCUAAAAGUGAAAUGUCAUUUAGAAUCUUGCAAAUGGAAAGGACCUCUAAAAUUGUUAGCAAGACACACUCACACUACCUAUACACGUACUGGCCUUCCGUUCAGGAGUAGGUUCGAUGACCACUAUCGAAGUAUGUAUAGUGAAACAGCAGAGCCCGAAGACGAUUUACCAAGGUUAAACAAUGGCAGCCACGAGUCUGGAACAAGGUUGUCAUUGCGUCCACCCUCUACUUCUAAUCGUCUUACAAGGAGCAGAUUGUCUGGCACUCAAACCGCUAGAGAGGGCGGAAACACAGCCAUGAGUGCCUCCCCGCAACAAAGUGUGUCAGCCAUCAACACACCGAGGACCCCUCAUCCGCCCACUACACCCCGACCAGCCGGCCAAACAGUCCGUCGGGUGCCAACUUUACCUAGUAUUAUCAACGGUACCAAUAGUAGUAUGCAAAAUGCAAGAGCCACACAAGCUAACGAAACGCGAUCGCAACAGCAAAGGUCAACAACAACAACAAAUGAGCAUCGCCCUCAACCUCCGCAACAACCUAGAACAACAUCAAGAGGAGUCCGAACAAAUCCUAGCAACCCAGGCUUCAGUAACGUCCGGGACAGACUGAGGGAGAGUAGAGAGCGACUUGACAACCUGAUGUCGGCAUUCUCCAACGAACUCGAACGAGGCCGACGCGGUCUCACUGAAUUCCAGGAAACACGUGAACGGCGGCGCCAGGAACAGCUGGAAGAGGUGCGUGAACUUGGCAGACGACUGAACUAUGUUGCUACAGAGUUGCGUGGCCUGCUGGAACAAAGGCGGCAACUCCGCGAUGACUUGGAAGAAAUAUCUGAUGAAUAUGCAGAUAGUUAAUUUUAUAACGUCUAAACGUUUUCUUACUUAAUAGUAUUAUUUAAAUUAUUUUCA